AUGUAUAAGUGUGUGCAAGUGUGUGUGUUAUGUUAUGUUUGUUUUGUAGUGUUUAUUCUUAUAGAUUUAGGUAAAGCUAAUGAUUCUGUUCACCACAGACAUAAAAGGUAUCUAAGCUUCAAGAAUAUGUCUCAUUUCUUUCUUCGUUUCAACUUCAAAGUGAACAUGGUGCCUUGGACGCAGAUAUUCGCUCAAGCUCUUGGGUUUCGUAUGAACUGGGACACACCGCCUGACACAUUCCAUCCUUACAGGAACCACUUCAUACAUAGACGAACUGUUUAUAGUCAUACUGAGAAAUUAUUGGAUAAGAACGGUCUGAAUGGAUUCCACUGCGUACGCCGAGCCAUUUGUGAGAUGGAAAUGAUAGCAGAACCACGAAAAACGUACCACAAACUGUUAAAAAUGGUUUUCAGGCAGCAAUCAUCAGAUACAGAUAGAUGGCACAACAGAACGACAGAAGAUUGCAAACUGUCUCAGUUAUCCUGCCCAUUCUCCUUCCUAGACGUUUCGUUGUUCACCGAUACUGUUUAA